AUGGCAGAGCUGCAGAGCGAGGGGGAGGGCCAGAAGCUGCGGUUCGGGCCUUGGCUGGUGAGCGCCGUCAGCAGCGGGAGCUACCGGGGGCUGCGCUGGACCGACCCGGCCCGAAGCGCCUUCCGCGUCCCCUGGAAGCACAACGCCAGGAAGGAUGUCACCAGCAGCGACGUGGAGGUCUUCAAGGCCUGGGCAAAGGCGAGCGGGCGGUACGAGGGGUGCCCUGAGGACCCGGCCAAGUGGAAGACCAACUUCCGCUGCGCCCUGAGGAGCACCCGCAUGUUCGUGCUGCUGGAGGACCGCUCCAAGUGUGGUGAUGACCCGCACAAGGUCUUCGCCAUCGCGCCAGCCGCCCUCUUGCACGGCGAGGAGGGAGAUUUUGGCAGCCCUGACCCUGUGGUGGACCAGCAGCCACUGCACCAGCAGCCGCAGCUGGAGCUCGACCCCCAAGACUUGGCCUCAGAAAUUGCCCCACCAGGCAGCAGCGACCCCGCACGGCCCCAGCUGCUGGAGGACCUGGAAGCGCUGCAGUGGGUGCUGCAGCAGUGCGACAUCUCCCCCCGCGACCUCGGCCCCUCAAACCCAUCCUGGGCGCCUGCAGGUGAGACCAGCCCCACUCAGGGGGUGGGGGACCCCCCCCAACAGGACACCCUGCUCCAGCCUCACCCAGACCCCAGCCAAAACAACUGCACCCACCCACCGGCAUUUCAGCAAUGGGUGCCCACGGUGGAGCAGCACCCCUUGGGUGCCUACAGCCCCCCGGACCCCAUGCUGCUGGAGGAGCCAGCGGCCGUGGCACUGCCAUGCCACCCGCCGGAGGCCACUGUCCCCGUGCCCUCACCGGAGGAGGUGAUGCUCUUCGCCCCCGCCGCCAGCCCUGUGCCGCCGCCGCCGCCACCAGAGGAUAACACAGAUGGCAUCAUCCCCAUCUUGGACGUCAGCAUCUUCUACCGGGGGAGGCUCUUCCACCAGGAGGAGGUGAGGGGCAGCCGGUGCCUGCUGGUGUACCAGCCCUCCGACCCGGCGGUGGCCCUGCGUCCCGGGCGCUUGGUGCGCUUCCCCAGCCCCGCCGAGCUGGCCGACAGCAAGCAGCGGCGUUUCACCGAGGAGCUGCUGGUCAGCGCGGGGCUACAGCUGGAGCAACGCGCCCACAAGCUCUUCGCCACCCGCCUGAAGAAGUGUAGGGUCUUCUGGGCCCUGUCCCGGCAGCUCGAGGGCGAUGAGGACCCCCCGCCCAACCUGCUCUGCCGAAACCAGGAAACCCCCAUCUUUGACUUCAAUGACUUUUGCACAGAGCUGAGGGACUUCCGCAACGGCCGAAGGCAGCAGUCCCCCGACUUCACCAUCUACCUCUGCUUCGGGCAGUCCUUCUCCAAGGCCAAGCCCAAGGAGUCCAAGCUCAUCCUGGUCAAGCUGGUGCCCAAGUUCUGCGAGUACUGGCACGAGCAAAUGCUGCGGGAGGGAGCCUCCUCCCUCGACAGCGGUACCGUCAGCCUGCAGCUCUCCGACUCCUUCAGCCUCUUCGAGCUCAUCGAGCAGUGCAACAUGCAGAUAGACUGACCCC